GAUUCCGAUCUCGCUGCGUGGGUUGACUUCGAGUGCCUGUGUGCGCUUCGUUGUUUUGCGAUGCUUUUGCGAUACGGCUUUUGGAUCGAGGUAAGGAGAGACUCUGGGAGAUUGAUUCGGCCAAAUGGGCUUGGACAGAAAUCGAAGUAGAGAGUAGCGAGUAGUUUCUAGGAGAGCUAAGAACAGGGGGAGAUUUCGCAGAGAAGUGAGAGCUUCCAUGUCGAGCCAGUCCGCGUGUGGCAUUAGCUGCAACGCGGGGACGAGCUCGCAGCUCAAGCUCUACCAGACUUUCAUCUUCGCGACGCCCAUUCUCUUCACGCUCGUUUUGCUGCUGCUCUUUUGCCUGCUCUACUACAAGCGCCGGAGGAACGCCAGGGCCGUGUCCCAGAUUCGUGCGCAGUUCUUCGCCAGGGGUCUCUUCGCCGCGCCGCUAGACCAUGGAUUGAACAAAUCCUUCCGGGACAACAUUCCCACCAUCGUGUUCGAUGCCAAGUUCGCGGAGACCCGUGGCGGAGAUACACAAUGCGCGGUCUGUCUCGGCGAGUACCAAAUCGGCGAGAAGCUCCAGCAGCUCCCAACGUGUCGGCACACAUUCCACGUCGAGUGCAUCGACGAGUGGCUGGCGGGCAAUUCGACGUGUCCAAUCUGUAGAACAUCGCUGCUCCAGAGCGGGCGAAUCGUCCCUGUAGCAUUCGCCGACGAUGACGACGCCGACGAUCCCACCCAAUCCGCCUCUCCUCCAGCCGAAUCGCAGCAAUCGCAGCAAUCGCAGCAGUCGCAGCAGCCCAGCAUCGAGGAAGAUCCGUGCGGCGGUGGCGACGGCUCCAUCAAAGACGAAGAAACCAAUCGCGAUCGCCGACACAAGCGAGGAUCCAGCAGGUCCUCCCGGUCGUCAUCGAUCGGCGAAGCGAUCGAGCAGCAGCAUGUAAUCCAGAUUGAGCGGUAGAAUGCGAUUUCUCUUAGAGUGGAUCAAAGAGUGGAGGAUCGAAAUCCAUGGAUCGAGCAAACCAUCACGAGUUUUUCUUCAGUGAAGGUUUGUGGACCGUUAGAUUUGCAUGUAACAUUUUACUCCAGAACAAAGGUAAGAUCUCUUGGGAUCUAGAGGAGUGGAAGUUCUCCAUUCUCCAAGCUGGAA